CUACCACCCAUCUCUCACAUCUCCCUCCUCCCCAGAAGCAGUUCUAAACCCAGCUCACACCAACCCCGUAUUCCUAAAGCUGUUGCAAUGUAUCUUACCGCGGUCGGCCUCCUCGGAAUGGCUCUCGGAGCCGCCGGCCUGCCAUCGUCCCUAGACCAGCGCCAGACGACCGCCUCCACAGGGACGUGCAUCCUCGCCACCAACACGUGCAACAUCACGGCUCCGCCCGAGGUCGCGGGCCUGAUGGUGAACUGCGCUGCAGGGGGUGGGUUGGACGGGAGUAUUGGGCGGGGUCAGCAUAAUUGCACCGUAGAUGGUCAUGCCUGCUCGUGGCAUGGGCUGUUCUCUGCUGUGAUAUGUGAUUGAUCGCCAACAAUUACCGGACGAAACGACUGGUUUUAUGUGGUGUUUUCGGUAAAUGCCAGCGAGCCAAGAAUGCAAUGUUAAGACUUGAUGACGAUGCGUUUUUCAGGAUUUGGUUCAGAAUGUUCAACGAGUAUAGCGUUCAUAUUUACAUUCAUCAACGUUUCGUCGUUAGUCGGAUAGGUUCCAGACAUGCCUGUUUACAUAGCUAAGGUCCCAAUCAUGAUCCUCAUGCGCGCCGCUCUUCUGUGAAAUAAUGCAACUACCAACACUUUGGGUCAUUGCAAAUGGCUUCAC